GUCUGCAGCAGAUGGAGUGUGAUAUCGACUUUGAAAGUUCAAUGCAGAAACUGGAGGCUCGAUUCAACAUGGUAAAGAAAAGAGCCGAUGCAGCUUUGGCAUAUGUCAUGCAGACCGGGAUCACGAAACCUGAGGACAUCAAGGGUCAGGUCUGACUUGCAGAGACACAUAUUUAAGAAAAAGGGAAAAAAAAUAAAUAAAUACAAAGUUCUGUUUAUAAGUGCGCACGUACACAGAUUUAGGUUUUGAUUCAGUCAAAUGUGAUCAUUAUGAUCCUUAUUAAUCUGAAUAAUUGUGUCACACUGUCAAAAAUGUUUGACUUUCAGGGUCCGCUGCCAUCACUUGGCAAUUUGGAGACUUCAGUGUAUGUGUGAGAUGUUACUGUUGCAAAAAUGUGAAUUUGUAUUCUGCGUUAAUUUGUUUUUUUUGUUUUUUUGUCUGUGUUGCUCCAACGUGAUCUCUCUGUUUCUGCACAACACGUGAUGACCGAAUGAAAACUGCAUCACACAACCACGAAAAGCAGUCAGACAAAAACAGAGAGAUAUGUCAAAUGAUGGAAAUGACCACAAAGACACUGAGAAAGAUCCAAACUGUUAGUGAAGAUUUGACGGCCAACAUACAGUAUUUGAAAAGGCAGCCGCCUCAGGCAGAUCAUCCUCCCUGUAGCUCUGUUGUCCCUGCUCAACAUAAGGAAACAAACACAGAGACAGUGAUUACACAAGCUGACAAUAAAGCUAUCAUACAGCAUUUAAAACAGGAGGUGCCUCAUGAAGAUCUUCCUCAAUAUGGCUCCACUGUCCCUGCUGAAUGUAAGAAAUCAACUGCAAAGACGAAGAUAAAGGUCCAAACUGAUAACGAAGCUUUGCCGGCCACCAUACAGAAUCUUAAAAAGGAGGUUCCUCAGGCUGAUCUUCCUCUUUGUGGUUCUGUCAUCCCUGCUGCAUGUAAGACUGAGGUGAACAUAGUAAAGAAAGAGCCAGAUGAUCAUUGUAGAAGCCCAAAGAAAGUGAGGCCUGAGAAGAGGAAAGAAGAAUGCCUUUCUCCUGGCGAUCACAGGGCCGUCACACACGCACAUUCAAAGGACAAGCUGGUGUAUCCUCCCCUUCCUCCCACCAUCUUCCCCUCUGUCCUAAACGUGGAGGCUGCCUCUUACAACAUUCCUCAGAGACCCAGCCUGCAGCUGGCACUUAUCAGGAACCCCCCUGGCCUCUCUGUGCUCUGGAAUGUGGAGGAGUAUGACCCUUCAGCACCACCUAUGGACAGUUACAGCAUCUACAUGGCGGUGGAAAAAGUUAAAGGCAGUGGCGUCUUUCCAGAAUGGAGAAGUCUUGGCGAGGUGACGGCCAUCAAGCUGCCCAUGUGCGUGCUGGUGAGCAAGUACAAACCUGGCUACAAGGUGUGUGUCACUGUGGUGGGAAAGGACAAGUUUGGUCGUUACGGACCCUACAGUAAAGUUGUACAUGCAACAAUCCCGGAGUUCUUAACGUAAAGACACAGAGUCCUGAUGCAAGAAACUACUGUCAACCUCAAGUUUAUACUUUUCCAACAUAUGCGAAAGUGAUAUUUCAGAUGACAGAACUGACUAGAAAACUUUUGUUCUUUACACUGUGUGAAAUACUUUUAUGGUUCUAUGAAGUAAUAAAAUGUAAACAUGAA